UCACAGGGUGUGUUCGACGCAGGUUUUGUGUCAUGUCUCUUGAGUUAAAGUUCUGUGUUUUAAGUUUUCUUUUUCUAUUUUUUUCUGCUGAGAGACUGAUGUUGAGUUUAGUUGAGAGACUGAUGCACCUGAUGCAGAUGCUAAAGAGGGAAACUUUAGCAUCUGUCCAACAUGUUGUGUUAAAGUAUCAGUAUCAGAUGUUUUGAGAAUAAAACUCUGAGAGAAAUUACAGAUCUGAUCCCACUUCAAGUCAGCCGCAGACUGAAACAGCUGCAGCUUUGAUAAUAGCAAGUCUCUGAACUAGUUCAGUGCGCACAGGGACAACAUAACAACAUUGUCAUGCCCUAUUGUAAUAAGAAGAUACAGCCUGUUGUGGUAAAGUCUGGACUUAAUUGAAUUGUAUUGCGAGCUUCUGUCUUAUGAGCAACACAAAGCUGCCAGGAGAGCACUUAGGACAGCGUGCCCGGAUCCCAGCGUCAGGAGGCUUUAGCUGAGGCGCAUACAAUCACAAUAAUAUGGGUAGAAUUUUUAAUAUUGCCCUGACACUGCUCCCUAAAGCAAUCACAGCAAACUCACAGCGUAGGGGUGGGGGGGGCCAAAUUGGAUUAUGGGCCACAAGCACUUUAAUUUUCUUGCAGGAACUAAAACGAGUGAAGGAGCAUCUGCAUCAGUUUACCACUUCAGGAGGAGAGUUGGUAAAUAUGAGCAUCUCUGGACUUCCUUUACAACUUCACAACCUCAGACUAUUUCCAUAAGAGUUCAUACUCACAUUAUAUGAAGUUGGUGUUACAACCACGGAGUAUGUGACACAACAAUGAACACAUCUUGAUCUAAUCUCAGGUAAUUAUCCAAUUAGCACUAAUUGAACUCCUCUUCUAAUGAGGAUGGGAUUGUUUGUGCAGUGUCCUUGAAAAUGAAUAACUGUAAUGAUUCCUGGCAGCAGAGUUUGGAUAAUCACAUCUUAAUUAGGGCGCACCUGUGACAGUUAUUAUGCCACUUUGGACAAGAUCACAGAGAUGCAAACCAGGACCACAGAGAGGUGAAAUCCCCUAAAAACAAAUCUCGAUUUUAUUAAAAAGCCACCACACACACACACAAGCAGCCUAUGAUGCAAGCGUAGUAAUAACAUGCAUCAUCUCUCCAUGAUGGCUCACUUUUGAUGUGGAAAAACUUUACUUACUGCAAACCACCUAUUAGAGUCUCCACAGUGUUAAACUCCGCUCUGAAACACAAAGGCAAAGCAUCUCUUUGAUUCUUUUGAUGAUCUGUCCUCCUGUCCUUUCCCAUGCACUUUUUGACACAAAUCAAAUCCUGAAAACUUUUUAAUUAUGUACUUGUCCUGGUUUCUCUUUUGGGAUCAAUAAAGUUCCUGUAUGUAGUUCUUGUAUAUGACUUUCUACAGCAUGUUUACAAGCUCAGCAGACAUGUGAAAGCUUGAUAACUGUGUAAGCAGAAGACUCGCUCCUCUGACUCUCCUGAGCUGAUCCUGCAGUCUAACCAGCAUAACCAACACCUUUUCCAAAUGACCUUUCUUUUGUUAAUUAUCAUGUAAUUGCCUUUGCAACAUAAUAAAAAUAAAAUCAAGCAAUUUACUCGUGAGGUUCUGCACGGCUAAGUGUGACUUCGACCUGCAGAACACGAUGAGAAGGUAAUUGAUUUUUGAGCGGGGUUUAAGGAGCUGCUGGAGUGGAGUUAGUUAAAGAGAAGUUACCAGAAGUUCAGCUGUAAACUUCAUAGCAUCUGUGACAAGAGUGGCAUCGCUGCAAGGACAGACACUGCCUGCUGUUCCCCCUGAGACAGUGAUGGACACAGACUCAGAGCCACAUGACACAUGGAUUUUUUUUUUCUUCCUUUCUCUAAGAAAACUCAGUCUGAUAGCAAAAAGCUUACCACUACAGUAUUUUCCCCUCAAUCAGUGUUUGAUUUGAAAGCAGCGUCUGCAUAAAACUCUGUUAAAAGGAACAAAAAUAUCUCCUUUUACAUGAGACAGAUCCAAGUUCUUUGUUUUUCUUACAACGGUCUUAUCAUAAAGUACAAGUUCUACUUCUGUGAGACUGAGUUUGACAUGCUGGUAGAGCUUAACCGACGGUAUUUAAAGGGAUUUUGUUUGAAUUAGUAAAAACACAUUUGUGCUGCCAAAGUUAGAAAAUCAUUAGUAGCUUGUGGAGGCCUAUCGUGUUUUAAGAGCUUCCCUGGCUCAACACACAGCAGCACCUCCAUCAACAAUGAGUGCAGUCUCGCUUUAUUUGUUUGUGUUGACUGAGUCAGAACCAGAUGACGAAGGAGGGCUGCCAGCUGAUUAUUAUUUAUACUACUUUCUUUAUGUAUUUAUUUAUGAUACUCUCAAGAUAGAUAGUAGGCAUACACAGUCAAUAUUUGGCUAUUGUUUACAUCGUUUGUUCUCAUAAAGGCUCUGGACUAUUUGCGAGUACAGUUUUGUUUUUUUCUUUAGCAUUGCCUGUAAAGAAAUACAAAUAGCGUGUCUUUACCACCUUACACUGGAAAACAGUAAAGCCAAAAUACUGCCUCGAUGAGCACUGACAUAUGGCACUGGUGAUGUAUUCUGAAAUAACAGCACACACAAAAGUGAUCUGGCUUGAAGGGGUGAAGGACUGAAAUCGCUAACUAAAGGAAACACACAACUUGAUUGUAGUUGUUUACAUUUUGCUCUUGUGUUUUUAUUGCUCUACGUGUUCUUAUGAUUCCUCUUGUAUUGUAUUAUUUUGGCUUGGAAAUGGCCGCGGGUAAAAAUUUUGUACCACAAACUGUCAAAGGUGUGGGGUAUGACCAUAGACUGUACUGUAUAUACUAUGGACAACUUAGUUCCGCCUACCGCCUGUAUACGGAUUUGAAGCCAAAAAGCUCUCGGUAUUUACAGGAUUUUUCUUCAUUUCCUGAAACCAGCGCUGCGCAAAAAAAACAACAACAAAACCAAGAGGUGGACAGCAGAGCAGAUUCUUGUGUCAGGCGCUUCACUAAGUCCGCAUUCAUCAACUGAACUGUCAAUCUUUAUAUCCCAAACCUCUCUUUUGACAAGCCCAUUUCUUUAAAAAACUCUGGAUACUGUUUGGAUUAAUAAUUAAAAUUAGAGUUGGUUUGUUUGUGACUCACUGGAACCCUAUACUGAAUUUAAAAGAUAGUGCAAGCAACAUGUUUCCCAACAGCUGGGGCAGGGAUAGUGUUUACCAUUGUGUUGCAUCAGCUCUCCUUUCUACAAGACUGUGAAUAUCUGAAAAACUUUUCUGAAAAACUUUCUCUCAAGUUUGGAGAAUGAGAUAUUGUCCCUUUCUAUUGGAUUUCAGAGGCUUGAUAGUUUGCAGUCCUCAAUCAUCAUAGUUCUCAUUUUUAUGAUAUGCCAGAUGUUUUGAAUGUAUGACAUGCUGGGACUACAAACAGGCCAGUUUAGCAACCAGACACUCAUUCAGCAGAGCCAUGCUGUUGUAACACAGCCAUAAAAGGGUUUGGCAUUGUCUUGCUGAAAUAUGCAAGGUUACUCUAAGGAGCGCCAACCCAGAUGUGUAAGCAACCCCUGCAACGAGUACUUGUGCAAUCCCACAGAGUUAUGAAUACUGGCUUUUGCACUGAUUGCAAACCAGGCAGUCCCUCACUUUUUCCAGAGUAGGAUGUGGCUCCAUGAUUUUUGAGCUCAUGCAGUGAUUCCUCCGACAUGGUCGUUAUGCAGAGCCGCCUGAGAACCCAAUGGUCUCAAUCAGUACUAAUUUUCUGUCUUUAGCCUUUUGAACUAAAUUUCUGUAAUUUUCUUCAACCUUUAAUAAUAUUAGACACUGAAAUCCCAAAGCGCUUUACAAUUUUGUGCCAGGGAACAUUAUUCUUAAAUUGCUGGACUAUUAUUUUUUGCUCAUGCAGUCUCUCACAGAUCGUGACCCCUCUUCUCAUCUUUACUCCUGCCUCUCUGGAUUGCCCUUUUUAUACCCAGUCACGUCACUGAUCAGUUUGUAUUAGCCUCAUUGGGAGGGAAAUGUUAUUCCAGGUGUUGUUUUUAAUUGAACAGAACUUUUUCAGAGUUUUGUCCCAAUAUUUUGUCAAAUGUGUUGCUUGCAGGAAACUUAAUAUCAGCAUAGACUUAUCAAACAAAAUCAGUCUUUUAGGGUUAACAUAUAAUAUGUUGUCUUUGCAUUAUAAACUACAAUAUUUAGCAGAUUUUCAAACCAUCAACAUAUCUCUGAUGUUCCAAAAGUUUCAGCUUCACUUUAGAAAUAAACUCUAACCUUCAUCAGAUUGUAUAUAUAAUUAAAAAAUGUUUUGAAUAAAUAUGUAGGCAUAACUUGCGCCAUUUUUUUGUGCUUAAAUAAAUUUAAUUCAAAGUCUUUACAUUUUUGAUUGAAACUGUUUCGUAAUACUUUUGAAGUUCUUACCAAUAAGCACACAAAACACUAAAAAAACGAAGUUUGACGGUCAUUGUAAAUUUAGGUUUCCUGUGGCUAAACCAAUCUCUGAGUUGGCAGAAAGUUAGGGGGCAUCUCCUCCCCAAGGCCAAAUGGAUAAGGAGAGGGCAAAGAAACAGGGAGAGAGAUGAGAGUGUUAAUCAGGGAGACAACACUGUAGCCUAACAAACAGCCCUAAUUACACUGGGAUAAAGACUUGUUCAUCACACAGCUUACGAGACACAAGUUAAUUGCCUCUGCUUACCGUUCCCUCCCUCUGUCUGAAAGCCGCUUGUUGCAAAGUCACUUGGAACAAGAGCGACUCCCUUCAUUUCUUGGUUUUCCCUUGUUCUUCUCCUUUUUUCUAAAGGUGGUUCUCACUUUUUGCAGGGAAUCAGUCUUAAGUCAUGUAUCCAAGAGGCUGAGAGGCCUUUAUUGGUAUUCAUAAUUGUUCACCAUUACAGCUCAGAGUACAAACACCAGUGAAACAAAUGUGUGUAGGAUGCAGGCACGCUGGGUGAAAUCUAUAACAUACAGAGCACAGGAGCCCCCGAGCAGUGGAGGCUAUUGCUUCCGAUGAGGUUAUCACCUGUGAAAUCAUGCAUAUAUACAUUAGAGGUCACCGAGCAACCAUAUUCAGUAUGAAAACACAUAACAGGGUUUAUGUUGUGGUAGCAGAUACAGCAAAAGUAUUCUCCAACUGUGCCUUUGGCUGCAGAGCUGUGUGGAUCAAUAUACUUAAAAUACAUAUUGUGACUGUGUUCAAGAUGAUAUGUGGAUUUCCUGCCGUGAACUGUGUCGCUGUCAAGGACAGUUGUCUAUAUAUUCCUCUGGUGGACGUGAUCUGAGCACACGGAGAGGCAAAGAAAAGUAAACAGAUCUAAAGUGAAAGUUUCAACAGUGAGCUUGUCAUGCUUGCCUUAAGUCUGAAAUGAUCAAAGCACAGCAGUGAGCAACAAGUGUAAAGGGAGGAGGCCGCAGCUGUGAAUCACACACACACACACAUGUCUCUGCACACUUUGCCAACAGGGGAUUCAAAAGAUCUACUCGUCUACUUAUGCUGAGAUAUUCGCACCACAUGGACUGUAAAAUGAUGAGGCAGAGAACUGCACCGAGGGCAUUUUUACUUCAUCAUUUUAUAUUAACCACUUCAAAACACAUCAUCCAUUAACUGUUACCUACGGGAGGGUUCAUAUAAUCUGGAAUAAAAUGACAUGAAUUCUCUGUGUCGACGUAUUUCAAAAGAUUGAUGUGAGUGGUAGGUUUGAGUUAUUGAUUAUGGUUUCAUGUAUGUAUGGAUUUCAGCUGGCAUGAUCAGUUAUGGGACUAUUUUAUGGAUGCUAUCAAUGAAAGAGAAACUGCAGAAAACAUCUCUCUCAUUUACCUCUUUUCUUCCCUAAAUCACCCAAGGCCAGGGUCACUCUACGGUCAGGUUCACAUUGAGCUAUGAAAGGCUUGGCUUGCUUCAGCGAUGAUGUUUUUACAUGUCCCAGUGAGUGGCCUUACAGCGACAACCAGUGGGACAGGUGUAAAAACAUUGCUUUGCACUUCCAAGUGACGUAUAAGAUUUCCCUUCAGACAAGUCAGUCAUUAAAACAAAAACAGAGGGCCACUGACACCCAUAACCGCUUCGAAGUUCUCAGUAACCAUGUAGAUUUUUACUACUAGGCCUAACAAGAAAACAUCAGCACCAAAGAAUAUUAAAAGGAGCCUGAAGAUUUAUGUCUGUUGGUUCAAGGAUUUUGUGACUUAUGGCUCUUAAUUAAUUUUAUUGGAAUAGUGAGCUGUUCAAGUCCCUGAUAACAGCAGCAAAGCGUGCACCCAAAUUAAAAACGUGCCCUUUCAGCCAAAUGUUUAAAUCUUCUGAGUUCUCUCUCAGGUUGUGCAGAGGACACAAUCAAUUCCACAAUCAACAACUCCUAAAUCUUCACAGAUGGGUCUCCCUGAGGCAAAACCCUAUCAGUCAAACAGCCAGUGAGUCAGGGUGCUGAGUAUUGGUUUGUUUUAAAGCCCACUAAGAGGAGAAACUCACAUUUAAAGUUGGAGCAAAUGCUGUGAGAUCAUUGGCAGGGUUUCAUCAGAUAGAUAAACACUCACAUACCUGCCGUUGAGUAAGGCAAGGAGCUCCCCAGCGUGGUACAGGUCGUUGCGCGUCACCCGGCUGAAGCGGAAGGAGUUAAGGUUGCAGAAGGUGACGGAGGGGAACACCAUCAUCGGAGCAGCCACCUCGUCCAGCUUGGUGACAUGCGGGUACUGGAAGUAGAACUGCACCCGGUCCACACACACCAACACCAGCACACUCAGGGAGCCGAGGAAGAAUAAAAUCCACAGAGUGCGCUUGAUACACAUCCGCUCAUAAGUGAACAUGUGCGAGAUGCCGUGCAGCGUGGACCUGCUGGCGAAAACUUCAAUAGGAGCUGGCUGCUUGUAGUCCAUGUCGUCCGAGUCCGCUUUCAUAUCCAUUUUGUCCCCGGGAUGAGUGAAGCUGCGUGGAGUGGAGUGGGGUUGAAAACUGGCUUUAUAUACAAGUUGAUGUUCUUUUAAUUGUAAGGAGGUUACUGUCUGCAAGUUCACGCCCUUCUACGCAUGCAUCCCUCAUUCAGUCUGUGUGAGAUGUUGCGUCACUGACAGUCGGCAAAACAACCCAACAUCCACGGAGGUAACCUCAAAAUACCCCCGUCCUUACAUGUACACUAAAGGUGAACAUACAGAUGUGUGAAAUCACGUGUUGUACUUCGGUUAGGGUCACAGUUCCACAGUGAAAAAUAGCCGGGCACGGGGCGCGCAUGGAGAGAUGCCAACGCUGUCCUCUUCCCGCACACUUCUCCUCUAUUACGACCGAGUUGAUGCUGCUUUUUACGCUCAAGGCAGAAAGCACCAGAUAGAUUCAGGAGGAAUAGGAAAAAGACUGCAGCUCGGUGAGGAAAGCAGCGUUAUCAGAGCCAUAGAAUCACAGCGGUGUUGUAUCCUCUCUGUGUGCUCGGCAGGCGGAGGAGGAGAGUGCACUGGCUUACACGGCUCUCCAUGCUCGUCAUAUGCAAUCCCCAACACGUGCAGAAUAACAAAUAGCCGCUGAUUUCUCGCUCGUUAGCGUCUUAAAAAGCUGUCCUCGGGGUGUCCAUGGGAUUUCACAGCCAAUGUAAACAUCUGCAUCACAGAGGAGCUGCGGUCUGUCAGGUAGCAGCUCUCCCCUCUCAGUGCGCCUCUACUCGCUCGCUUACAUCCAUUCCCCCCUUCCUCCGAGCUGCCUCCACACAACAAUGCAGGGAUAAUUACUCCGGCUUCAUUUGGAUUCCAGCUGGUUUAUCCAUCAGUAAGAGUGUAAAGGGAGAACAUAAUGAGUAGCCGAGCUGAAAAAGCGGUUUAUCAUGCGAGAUGCCCAGUGUUGAAGAUUUAGGGAAACCACCUCAGAGGCAGUCGCGCUUUGCCGGAUCAAUUAAAUUCGCCCCAACGAGGAGCGAGCAGCGAUAGGAUGGCAUGUGUCUUACACCGGGUGACGAUGUCCAACGUCGGUAUCACUUCGAAAACACCAGGGACGAGGCAAUGUCACUGUUUUACACCAACAGCUGCAGUUAUACACAAUAUGACUAAAAAUGUCCUUCCCUAUCACUCAUCUCUCUAUGACCGUCAGUCCUCGGCGCUAGCUUAACUUCGAUAGUUUUCGCUAGCGUCAACUUUUCUCUAUGCUCACUUUUUGUUUUCGUUUAAGAAAAUAAAUAUUUAAACAAAAAGUUUCCUUGUGCUUCAGAGGUGUGGUAAAUUGAGCUGACAUAUUUGUUCUGUUUGAGAAAAGUAGGCUUAAAAUAGCGCCAACUAACUUCGAACGGUCCAAACUGGUUUAAGUACGGUGGCCCCGUAGGCCAAAACAGACAGGUGUGAAAUUGAUUCCUUAUUUGCGCUAUUUCGGCAGCUAAAAUGGCGGUCAGUCAAACAAAAACAAACAAACAAAAAACAUACAGGCAUUCCGUAACAUCAAAGCAUCCAGGACAAGAGGUUUACUAAGAAUUAAAAAAUUAACAAUUUUGUCAAUAAAAUAUAUAAACAUAGAUAUAAAAGUAUAAAAGGAAUAUUAAAAAUGCCACUAUAAUGGAGAAACAGCUGAAAAUUUUUCAUAAAAGAAAACCCACAGUGUUCACAAAAGAAAGUUAAACUAAAAUGUAAACCAACAUAGAAACAAAAUUAUGUAACAAUCAACAGAUAAAUCAUAAGUGAAUAAAUUAAAAAGAAAAAAAAGACACCAGCUAACCAACAUUUUGGAAGUCAGUUGCACAUCAAUGUAAAAGUUAUCUCCUAAAGUCAAGGUGUAAAAUCCACAUUAAACCAGAUACUGAAAAGGGUUUAAUCAAAUAAAGUUCUGCCACUGUUUUAGUUGCACCACAGAGUACCACUAAACUAGCUAAAGUACUUCCCCAGAAUAUUAAUAAUAGUUUUCUUUAUUAUGUUCAUUGUUAGCAAGAAGUUUUAGGCCUCUCAAAGUUGUCAUUUUUAAUAUCUGUCAGCAAGGCUGUUUCUGCUUGUACACGCAACAUUCAGCUCUUAAAUUAACAUGCUUUUAGUGCUGGAAGUGACAUUUCUCAAAUCACAGCCUUUGAGUGUGUUCGUGUUAAAUUUUAAAGUGGAAAAAGUGAAUAAUCUUCUGGCUCUUCAUCAGCAUACUGGGCUAUCUUGUACAUUUAUUAAACAUUUAAAUCCAGCUAUCAGAUGGAAAUAAAAUGUAAUGAGGAAAAAGAAAUGAAAAGUAUGGAGAAGUCUUACAGUUAAUUUUUACCCUAAUUGCAAACCAGUGCAGUAAUUGAGCUGAGUAGAGGAUACCAAAAAAGAGGAGCACUUGGCUGACUUCAAGUGGAAGACUCCCAUUAGCCAACAGACAGGCUAAUUUGAUAAAGUUUCCCAAAAGACUUCUUUAGCACUUAAAUUCAAAAGGGGCAGAGGUUCUCAUUAAGAACUUACAGCUUACUGGAAGUGUAGCUACUAGACAAAUAAAAAACAACCCAUAAGAAGCAAUGCAUAACAUAAUGUGUUAAAUUUCAAAAACAUCGGAUAACUGUAACGUAAUUUAAAAGUAUUUCAACAGGAAAAAAGGAAAGUUUUGAAGAUAUAAUGUUACAGUUUGAAGUCUAGACAUCCCACAGCCAAUCACGGGUGCUGAUAACACAAACAUUCAUAUGGUUAAUGGAUUGUAUAGAAAUAUGUUUUCAGUCUUCAGACAACUUAAAGUGCUUUUACACUUAUAAACAUUUGCCAUUUUCAUUAUUUUUAUGCACGGAUGGUAGAAACUUAAGUGCCCAUCAGUGUGACAUUCUGAUUUAGAGACCCCAUUAAUGCCCAGACAGGCACACAAACAUUUGGGUGGAAACCGAACCGAUGUGGUAUUUCUCUAGGGUAAGUUGUUCAUUUCUUUUGCAAAACAGUAAUUUGGCAGACAAAACCUCAAGCAUACAAGAAUACGGACAAGCACCAGUACAAAGUUGCUGUUCACACAUGCACACGGGUGCCACACAUACACAUUAUGCUUGUUUACAAAGGCAUGCACGCAAACACAAGGUUGUAUGCAGUGUCACACAAAUCCCCGAACAAAUCAAUUUUCUCCCUUGACCAAUUCUCUGUAGUCGCCUGAAUGGAACAUCCAAAUAUGUCAGAGUGAGUGAGCGAGCCAAGCACAGGCGAUAAGGCAGAUGUGUCGCAAGACUGCUGGUGCCAAAUCUAUCAUAGACACCGUAUUGCCAAGAGGAGAGGGGAGCUCACCCAUGAAAUUGUUCAUAAUUCGUCCAUAAUUGCCAUUUGCCAUAGUAUUGACUGUGACAAUGUGGCAUCUCAUAUUGAUCUGCAGUGCUGGGAAGAUGAGCCAUGCUCCAUACAGUGAAGUGAUGUGGAUUCUGGGUAGUCAUUGUGCAGCGGUGAUACAUACACGUUGGUUUGAUAUUACAGGAGAUAUUAAAUUACUGAGGAAGCUUACCCAAAUUUAGCUUUUGUCACUGUUGCCAGAGUGAUGCAGGAUUUUCUUACUCAGAUGAUGCUUUUAACCAUUUAUAUGAUACUUUAGAGUAAGAUUGUGCAAUGCUCCUGAGAUACCUGGUUGAGUAGACUUCUCUGACAAAGCUGCUUUCUUUGUAGGGUGCUCUCUCGCUCAGCCCUACCUAGAAAUUUCCUGCUGUCCAGGUCUGUGUGUGAAUACAUUUCCGUUCUUUUCCAUUAAAAAAGUGAGUCUUUUUAUUCCCAAGACAAUUUUGAAGGCUCAAAAGUAGAAAAGACCAUCAACCUUAUCCCAUUAGCAACAAAAGUUGAGCUCGCUAUGACUGCCAAACUGGUUAUAUGGUUUUAUACAGCUUCAACAAACUUCAGCAGGAUCAGCUAUAUCAGGGUUGUAAUUAUGUUUUGAAGUAGAACUAAUGUAGGUCCUUUUGGAUGCACUUGCACAUACAACAUUAAAGAAAAGUAGUCACUGUGCCUUUAAAAUGCAAGUGAAAAGUAUCAUGAGGGAUGAUGUUUUUUUUUUUUUUACCAAGCAGAAAAGCACUUACAGGACCAGGAACAAAAGGAAACAAAUGCAUUAAGACAUUUAAGCCCUUUGUGUGCCUCCCUACAAAUAUGAACAUUAAAAGCAUGAAGAUCAGAACUUCCAAGCCCUAAUGUGCCCAUCGAGGCAUUUGUUCUUUCUUUUGUUAUUGAUUUGUCUUACAAGGGUCUGCUAUUGUAAGCAAUGAUGUCAGCACUGACGGCAGCAGCCUGGGUAUAUUUGAAGUGCCGUUGCCAAUGACUGCCUUUCCAUUUUUGAAAAUUGAGAAGAUUUUGGGAGUUAGAGCUGAAAUGGGGAUCAAAAAAUAAAGAUAUUUAUCUAUUUAUUUAUUUGCUAUCGAAGUGGUUGUCCAUCCAUAGCAUGGCAAUUGAUCCCAAAACCAAGAGUAUCGUUGCUGGCGUUUUUAUUCAGUCUAUAGUAAGCUGUAAAUAUCAGCAUACUCCAGUGUGUGGUAACCACAGGAGCUCCUUUUCUUCUCAAGGGUGGAUGCUGAGACCCUUUCAAGCACACGCCAGAAAUCCACCAGAGUGAGUGAGCAGCGACUCUACAUGACCAUGUGUCCAUAUAGUGUGACAAGGAGAGUCAGAGGAGAGAGGUAUAGACAGGGAUGGAAAGCCAAUAGCUUCAGCUGACCGGUCACGCGAUGCUGGCUGUCAGCUGUUUCUUCCAUAACAGGAGGAGGCCCAUUUUAUGACGCAUUAUUGAAUAAUUUGACUGACUUAGGAGUUGUUGCAUAUUUUUGUAUCAAGAUUUUUUUCUUGAAAGAAAAUUGAAAUACACACAAAGUAUACAUUUUUCUUUUUAAUGCUACAUAUAUCACUAUAUUUUGUUUCUGGCCCCCUCUGAACCCUUACAGGUUGCUUCCCCCACGAGUUAGUAAGUUUAUUUUAGCUCAGUUAGUUCAUUUAAGUGGCUGGCAACACCUGACUUGUUGUGAUCUUGGCCGAUAAACUUUUCUGAAUUGGCCGGACAAAAAGUUUGUUGAUUUUAAAAUCCUGGUGAAAUAUAGAUGUGAUUGUACCUCCCUGACUCCCCUGUCACUCAAGGCCAAGCCACACCCCCAACAUUAUAAAAGCCCACCCUCAGGCCUUCUCUUCCUCUUGCAGCCUGACCAUGAAUCAGCGGAGAACAAAGGGAGUCUAAAUGUGAGUGGAAAAUGGACUAAAACCUAACUAAAUUUUGUUUAAUUCUCAUGAUUUGUAUUAUUUCUAAUAUGGUUUAUAGUCUAAUGUUAUUUUAUUAGAUUGCUGUCCAAAUAACCCCCAAUUUUUAAUUUAUUGAUGAUUUUACCUGUAGUAUGAACGUAGCUAAGGCUACGUUCAUACUACAGGUUAUCAUGCACAGAUGUAGUAGGACACAGCAUGUGACAAGUAGUGUAUAAAACCCGCAGUUUGAGAAAUGCGUGACUGAACCUGUUGGCGAUUUACGAGGAAACUGUGCAUGUUCAGUGUAAAUUCCUCUCUGAAUGAACUGUGUGGUAAAGGUUCAGUGAACGAAUCACUCACUGAGCCCAAUUUAGAGUGUAGACAACUAGCAUACCAUUAAAGCAUCAUAAUUUAAACAAGUUCAUUUUUACAAACCGGUUUGUCAAAGUAAAACAGCCAAACACUCUUGUCUAUCGGUCCCAGAAGCCAUGAAUUGAACUGAAUCCUGAACCAUUCAGCUGUGUAUCAGUUCAGGAAGUUACAGGCUCCUCCCGCCGAGCACUGAAUGAUUCAGUGAUUUGGUGAACGAAUCUUUUUAAUGAACUGACUCUAGUGGUUCAGUACAUCUAAAAGAUCUGCUGUGCCCAUCACAAAUAGAGUCUAUGGUUAGCACAUUGAGAAUAAGAGCUUUUUCUUCAUAGAGAUUUGUGAGGUUGAGUCUCAUUUACUUAUGAAUUUGUUUGACACUGUUCGUAAAAGCAGGCUUAGCAAAUAAAAAGAGAAAUUCAGCCACUCUUCAUCCCUUUUCUCUCAUCUCUUCUCUCUUGUGCCCUCUUUCCUUUCAGCUCCCUCCAUGCUGACUGGCUCUUUCUUUGGCCAAGACUACAUGGUGUGCCAACCAUCUCAGUAGACGCUGGCAGAGAAUAUGAACACACUCUGGGGUCCCAUUGACAAGUCUCUUUACUCAUCAUCGGCACAAGUGGGACACAGAGAGACCAAGAGUCUCUUGACCCCGAUGAUCGGAGUCUGUUCCCGUCCCACACCUAGAAAGAACCUCCUUCCAAACAACUGUUGUUUUGGCGCCGGUCCAGAGGAGGACAUCAUCAGAAGGUGACAGACAAGGUCUUCAUAGACAGAUGGUCGUUAGAUCUAAUAAUGAGUAUCUGCAGAUUCCACCCCAGAUAAAUGCAUACUACCCUAGUGGGUGAUGAUCAUUAUCACUCAAGGGCGCUGUUAUCGGCAGCAGGGGAAUCCAUCAACGGGAAGCCUCGAUACCCCCAGUUGCCACAGCUCUUUGUAAUGCAGUCCACAAAGAAGCCCUCUCUCUCUCUCUCUCUCUCUCUCUCUCUCUCUCUCUCUCUCUCUCUCUCUCUCUCUCUCUCUCUCUCUCUCUCUCUCUCUCUCUCUCUCUCUCUCUCUCUAGUGAUGGUCAGGCAUGUGUGACUUAAUGGAGGGGUACUGCUUCUCUGCCUCUUCAACUCUGUAACACGAUAUAAUCCUUUGGGGUAAAAGCAAACACUGCAAGGCCAUUAGAACCUGCAUCCCUUUACAUAUUCUGUUUUCCAUGUUAAUAAUCCGCCGAAUUCACACAGCGGUGAUUUUCCACCGGCAAGCUUAAAUGCUGUUUCAGGUUGUAAGCUUUAUAAAUAUAUUGUAGCUGACAGCUGUUGUCGUCACACUUUUUCUAGAAUUAAUGAGGAGCUGAAAAGAUAAUUCACACUCAAACUCCUGAGGGAUGUAGGGUCUAUUUUCCUGUUGGACUACAUACAUCAUGGAGUAGGUGACUAUUAGAGUAAAGCUAAUGCUAGCAGUCUGCUGAACAUUAAAACGUAAAUAAAGCUAAUGGCUAGAAAUGUGUGCCAGCUUUCAGUGAGCGUUGGAGGCUUUGUGGCAUAUGCUUCCAUGAGAUAUGUACAAACCAUGCUAAGGCUAAUACAGCUGUGACUGUCAAUAAGUUAUUAGGUAUCUUGUUUGCAAUGCAAUGCUAGGGUGACCAUACGUCCUCUUUUAUCCGGACAUUUUUGGAGGCUGUCCAGUCUGUCCGGGGGAGUUUAUAAAAUCUUUCAAAUGUCCGAGGUUUUGAGUUUGUGUGCAACACUCAACCCAACCCAAAAAAAACCUCAAAAUUUUACGCACAACUCUGCCCUGCCUAGUAGUGUCCUUUUUGGGGAUUCAGAAUAUGGUCAGCCAAUGCACCAAAUUCAGACCUCUCUUCAGCUCAUUCUCAGCUCAGAGGGGCUAAAAUGCUGCCCUGACGUUGAAUAGGGUGCACAGUGUGUCUUUUUUUAUUAAUGGACAGCUGGAGGGAGGUAAUGUUUCACAGAUCCAGAUUAUGCUGGCAAAAGGUGUGAUCCUGUUAGCUGUGACUGUUCCUGCUGGUUUAUCAAAUAUGUUGAUUUUACAAGCCAGGUACCUAGAUUUUGAGAUUUAAUAGUCUUUUCAUUUGCAAAUAACCUGGAAGUAAUGAGAUAAAACCAUAGACUGUAUAUUGAACAGAUGCGUCUGCCUCCUCGCUGCCUCCACCCUGAGAACAGCACCCUCUGGUGACGGGCUGCAGUAUAGGUCAUAAAUCCUGCCUCCUCCAGCAAUCCCUAUGGAGCUGUGGACAAACUUUAGAAAUUAAUUACACAGAAUAUACAUUUUUCUUCCCCUUAGUUGCGAUGUUGACAUGUAGUUACUGUCAGACUGGUUUGUGCUCAAGUCCUUUUUUUUCUGUACAGCUCCAUUUUUAAAAGUUAUUAGGGGAUUCAUGUUUUCUAUGAUUGACACUCGAUUCAGCCUAUGGGCGUACAAAGAUAUUCUCGACUUGAACCUAAUAUGGUAGCUCCUUAAAUGGUGAGAGAGUGGCGGUAACAGUGAAAAUUUCUAGGUAAAGACUGACCUGAGGAACAGGCUACAAGAGCAUCUCACCAUCUGCAUGAGUGUGAGCAUCUAUUCAUGUUUUCUUUGAUUGACUCUUCGUACGAAGAUGCGUAGCUCACCUGGGGGAUAUGCUGUUUUAGCCGAGCAUCGUCACAGCAACUCUCCCGUCAAAUGCAUACAAUGCAACUGCACAAGUGGUAAUUUCAGGAAGUGGAGAAAACUGCUGAAAUACCGAGAGUAAUUUGGCUUCAAAUUAGUAAAAUGAUGGAAGGUGUAGCCAAGUUGUCCACAGUGUAUUUGGUCUAUGGGUAAAACCACAAAGAGAAAUCAUGAAACUAAACACAAGACCUUGGUGUAAAAGUUGCUAGGUAAAGUGCGACACUGUGUUUUUGGUUCUCCUUGCUUUUUAAAGUACAACCUGAGCCAUUUUAUUCCAAAGUGGGCAUUUGAAACAACUACUUAAUAACCUGCAGCUGUAGUAGUCAAACAUCUGGUGUCUGUUUAGUCCACAUGAGGGAAUUCAAUUUGUGAGUAAGGAGCAGUGUCAUGUCACCACUGCUACACCUGCCCUUUUAGGGUGGUUGAUUGUGUCUGAACAAGGGUUAUUCAUCUGCGUUUGGAGCUCAAUACAGCCUGACAUCUUACUGCUGCUGCAAGACUGAUCAUCCACCCCUGGAAGAAAGUUCAAGAACCGCCAUCCACAAACUUUGUGCGUUCACAGCCUCGGGCUUGAUCCAAGGUGAGCGUUAUGAGAUAUUUGGGGAGCUAGUAAUGCGAGACCUUAACACUUAUUUUACAUUUAGUGUUUUGACAUUUUAACAAAUGGAGACACCAGGCAAAACCAGUUAAUGUUCUUCUGCGUCUAUUUUGGCCUGCAGGCAGAUCCCCUGUCACUGCUGACAUCUGGAACAACACAGCUGAAUUCACUCUUUGUAUUCUGAAAGGUAAGCAGCUGAUUGCACCAGUUUCUUGAUUUUAUAAGCACCUUGAGAGGACUGCUCAUGUUGUAUGUGCCGGUGUGGACUUGUGGAGUUAUUCCUGCCGUACAGUUUUGAGACGUUGGCUAUUGUCCACAGCUAAAACCCCAUUAUGGGAGAAGACAGUGGCUCCACGUCAGUCUUCCUCUCUCAUGAGAAGAGCAAAGAACAUUUAAAUUAGCCUUAAGGAGGAUUUAAUCCUAAUGACUUCUUUUCAUUAGCAACUAAUUAAAUAUUCACAUACAGGCUUUCACUCUGGCCCCUCAGACCCACUCUUUGUCCUGGCCUCCUAUUCCACUGGUGGUCUGCUGCACAGUAUUCGCCUGUACUUGGAUUGUACUCUGCCACUGCAUGUAUGAGAUAUGGGCUUAACAAAAUGGGCACCUACUCUGUAAUGUGACAUGAAAGGAAUUAGUUUUCAUUGCAGAGAUAAUUGAAAAUUAAAUCUCUUGCAGUUACUUUUAAUAACUGACCAUGAGGAGUGCUUACGGGGUUAUGAGCAGUGAUCGAGCGCUCAAUUACUUCAACCAAAAUUUUGAAAUCAUUUCACAUGUUCGAGAAUAUUUGAUGUAUUUUAGUUUUGCCGGGGCAGUUUUUGGAAGAGACAUAGAGACUGCUCUUGACAUACACGUCGGAUCUCCCCUCCUUAUGAUUUACCAACCUGGUGACUGGCCACGAGGCCCAAUCAAUGGCUUUAACUCAAACUGUUAGCUCUGAAGCACAGAGUGAAAUACUGAGGCUGAGCCGAGUAAAGCUCUCCUCCUUUCCUAAGAAUGGAUCAGCAUCUAUUUUCAGAGACAUCAAAUAAAACAUCUGAGUGCACCAGUCGAGAAAAAACCAGGGGGAGAAAUCCUUUGAAUCCUGCACUUUGCACCAGCAUGAUAAUGCAGUUUAGCAUAUAUGCCACAGUGCCACAGUCUUUUAGCUCCAGUAUUCACACAUCUGUCGAAGCCCUAUUUGAAGAGCGAGAGAUGAAGACCCUCAGUCUGCUCAUAAUUCCAACUUAAUUUCAAAAUUACUUUACCCCAAGUUAAUUUCUUCCUCCAGACCCUCUGUUCGCAGUGAAACAGUAGUCAUGCAUGAAAGUAAUAUUUCACAGACCAAUGGAGCCCUGAGAUUGCACUGUCUGUCUCUCUGUACCUCCAAUUGUCAGCGGUACAAAGUGAUUGACAGAAUACACGAUGGAUUUGGAAAUCGCAGGUUCAUCUCCCUCAGAUAUCAAACAGCUUAGUAUCUUAACAUCACCACUUCUCUGCUGCAUAUCAAACUCAUAUGUUACCUUUGAUGCUUUAUUAUAAGUGUAAAAUAAUUUAACAAUUCAUGCAGUCACACGUUCCGACUCCAAAUUAACAAGUUGCCGUAAUCACAGCUCACGUAGUCAUGCUGGCUGAGGCUCUCUCUGUUAAACUGCGCUAAUUGACAUAUAGUUAUUUUCCCUCCUUUCCCUCAGGGGAUAAUUAUGAUGACAGCCAGUGACAAGUAUAAAUGUGCGGUGCUAUAAAAACAUGCUUUACACAACAGCUGCACAAGCUCUCGUCACUGCUGUAUGCGCGUGUUUUAAUUAGAUUCCUGUGUAAUUCUGUUAUCACUGAACAUGCUGCUUUUACUUUCAAUAUCACCUUCAGGUCCCUCUGGUCCCUUUUGGGAGCAGGCGUAUUUUAACUCUCUGCAUUGUUUUCCCAUUGAUAAGCCAUUUGGCAAGUCAUUGAGCAGAAAUAAGCUUUAUUAUUUUUAUUUCAUUUUUACACAUUUUGAAAUUUGAACUCCUUCUCUUGUGCUCUUUAUAAGCUAAAUAACCACACUUGGCUCUUAGUGUCUUCUAAAAGAAAAAGGAAAUCUUAUCCUCCUGACUUUAAAGGUCAAGCAUGUCAUAUAUUGUUAAUAUUUUGUCGGGGGUUUCCCAUAAAAAUAUCAGUGGUGUACUUUACACAGACAGGUACAUAAAGGGUUUAAAAACAAUUGUUCAAAUUUAUAACCAGGACUGGAGUUGGCGAAAACAAAACUCUGAUGCAGUGAAAUAAGUGAAAAACAGUGAUACAUGGUCAUUGUAAGACACUUUUCCGAUGUCUGCACUUUGGGUCAGUUUGACUAACUAUGACUUAUUUAAAAGGGGACCCAAAGGUUAAAGGGAUAUUCCGGUGUAAAUUCAAUUUGGGUCAAACACAUCGUAACACCGAGUUAGACACCCCCUCGAGAGAUGAAUGUUGCCGACCGCUUGCUUCUCUAGUUAUACCAACUUUAGUAACGACCGCAGGAUAGGGAUACACAGCGGUCUAUGUCUCCACACACAAACCUCAACCCAAAAGCCACUCUAGAGCCACAAAUAACGCUCAGAACAGCACCUAACUUCAUCAACAGGACAUAUAGGAUCCCAACCAUAGUACUAGCCAUCAAACAUCUUUUUAACUUUGACUAAUUUCUUUAGCAAAGAGGCUAAACACGACUUAUCCACUCUCCUCCAGCAGCCGCUUGUUUGUGGGGGAGCAAAGACGAGUCGAUCACCAGAAAAUUUAUGAUCAUUACUUAAUGGAAAUGCAAUUUUUCUUCAUGGAAAGGCAGAAGAACUGCCACGUCUGCAGUGCAAAAUGAUUAAUAUGAUGAUUAUUACUUUAUGGAAAUGAUCCGCUAAAGAAACCAGAAAAAGCUAAAAAGAUGUUCAAUAGCUUGUACUAUGGCUGGGACCCUAUAUGUCCUGUUGAUGAGACGUUAUUAAAGUUGGUAUAACUAGAGAAGCAAGUAGUUGGCAGCAUUAAUCCCUUGAGGGGGUGUCUAACUCGGUGUUUCGGUGUGUUUGACCCUAACUUAAUUUUACGCCGCAAUAUCCCUUUAAGUACUCACAGUCUGUUUAAACCGCGCAGGGUGGGUGCAUGUUUGUUAAAUUUGAGUCUUUUGCCUGUUUUUUUACUGGCUGAAUCCCUUUGCAAAUCCAAAAUACCCAGUAUAACUAAUUUCAUCUGUUCAUGUCUUACUGGCUGAGUCUUUGUUUGUUUUUUGGGGGGUAAUUUUAGUCUGUAUUUUAGAGCUUAAAUGUAAAGAAGAAGGAUGACACCAAGAGAGGUCACUGGAUUAAAGUGAAGCAGCGAUUCUGCAGAUAUUUGGCAUGACCUGUAACCACUAAGAAGGAGUUUCAGUUGGGAAUAUUGAUGAGCAUUUCUAGUUUAAGUGUGGAUAUCAGUUCCCCAAAGCCCUCUAAUGGCCUAACCUCUAUCCCACACAGUGUUACGAGGAUGAGGCAUCAUGGUGAGCCAGUUUUUAAUCACCUUCCUCUUCCCUCUAUCACACAGUGAGGAAAGCUUGGAGCAGCAGACUUCUUUUCCACUCCAGUAGACCCCAUCACUGCUGCAACUGAGGGCCAGGACCUGCGAGCAGGGAGAGAGUCUAUACCAGACCCAGCAGCUGAGACCAGGGCAGAGGGGGAACAGCAGCCAGGGAACGGGCAAGCAGCUAGAGGUGAAAGCAGCAGCAGCAGCCUCCGCCGCAGGAAGACGGAGAUGGAUGAACAGCUCUCUGCUGGAUCAAUCAGGCCCUCGUAGCCACAGCGGAUCAUCUUUCUCCAGCAGCACGUAAGUUAUUGUGCUGCUACACCAUCUUGUCCCUUCCCCCCCUUUAAACCACAUCAUCCUAUAACCUAGAAGGCCCCUUUUUCGCCACAUAUACAGAGAAAGCAGGAAAAAAACAAGGACAGAAAUAUGAGAGGGGAACGUGAGCCGGUGAGGAGGCUCCAGAGAGGCGGAGGAGGGGUGUGUGGGAGCAUGUAUUGAUUGUUUUCACUGUGGUAUAAUUGCAAUUAAAGGUUGCAAACAAGGCCAGUGGAUCAGUUUCUCUGCUGUCACCCAGCAGGACGCACAGCAGCACUGAUGCAUCCACAUACACAUUUUUACACACCAGAGCCAGCGGGAGGAAAGUGCUAACACACUGUCGGACACUGCAGACCGAGAGGAUUUGUGCCGUGUUGUGCAGUUAUUCGGCGCUCCAAUUUCCUCCGACCAAAAAAAAAAAAAAAAAAGGUUUUCAAGUGGAAAAUAACACAGGAGCCACACACAGGUGUAGGGUGGUUUAGCUGUGUUCGGUAGCUGCUUCACUUUGGAGGCAGACAGAGACUCAUUACUGGAUUUGAGAUCAUGUUCACAUCAAUGACAGUGAGUUUGAAUCCUGCACAUCCUUUUGUUCGGAGAUUAAAUUAGUAAAAGGCUGAAACUCAAUCCCAUAUUGUCCUUGUGGUAUUUGUUUAGUGAACUAUGCAUGUAUUCAUUCAGACUGUGAGAAAGAGAGCUGUAAACAAAGAGCUCUUUUUAAGUUUCUGUGGUUUUCACAGAAAUCGUAGAACUCUUAUACAGCUGGAGAAAGUCAACAACAGAACUGACUUCCUUUGUUAGGGAUGAAACUAACAAUGUCGAGCCUCAUGAGAAACAGAUGCUCUCAUAAAGUGUCUGUUGUCCAGCUGAACUCUGGUUUAGUAAAAGAGGUUAAGUAGGAGUCAUUUUCAAAGAUUUUUAACGUCUUUGAAGAUUAAAGCUGUAUUUAUGAAUAAAUUUGGGUGAAGAGCUUGAAUUGGGUCUUUUAUAGAGUUACACCAACAGUUAUUUACAUCCGGACUCCGCAGUUCCCUCGGCUAUUUGUUCCUCUGAUCACUUUUUUUGGUCACAAAUUCAGUGUCUUGUUCUGUGCCAUUGCUUUUAUCUGAUUUGUUUCAGGCAGUGGUGGACAAAAAAAAACUCUGAUAAAUGAAUAGCAAAUAGCAGGAAGUCAUUGCAUUACUGAGUGGUAGAAAUCACAUACUGAGCGGCAGCAUUAGCAUUCAGCUUUAAUGCCGGGAAAACACAAGAAAAGACUUCUUUAAAUAGAAAGGAGCAGUUGUGUGACUCACUGGAAAAAAAAGUCAUUCAACAAGAAGUGAGGACAAUCUCAGCUGAGAGUCGAAGAACAGAGAACCGGAAAGAUGGCUGCAAUUUAAAGACCCACUCCGAUGAAAAUUAUGUUUUUCUUUUUGUUCAUAUGGCAUUCCUCUGAUGCUACAGGACAUAUCAAGAGAAAACUAAGAGCGAAAUUGCAUUUCUGUUUAUUUCUGCAUUCAAAUCUCUGUGAAUCUCUAGCAGACCCAAACAGCAGGUUCAGAUCAUAGACUGUAUAUACUAUGGACAACUUGGUUUCGCAUUCCGCAAGUAUACAAUCUGAGAGCUGAAUAGCUCCUAUGUUACCUGCUUCUUCUACUACACCAACAAUAUUAGGCUACAUGUUAGCGUGAAGAGGAGUGUGCAGAGCAGCACUGUCUCCGCCCACGACUCAGAGGUGAAUUGCUAAUGAUCUACUGGAGCUCUGCAGAAGAAAAGCCCUUAAAAAUGACACAGGUGACGUGAUUUUGACAAAAAAAAACUUAAUAAUCACAAUUUAAAGACCACUGAGAACACUUAAAAUAAUAAAGAAAAUACAAUUGGAGUGAGACUUAAAAGGAACAGCUGAAAUCCAGAGACUGAAACACGGAUCUGCAGUUAUAAAUAUGUGAACUAAUACUUUAACAUCUAUUGUGCUUUCUGUUAACCUUUUAAUACCCAGAACAUUUCAUUUACAUCCACAUUAUGUUAUAGUUUAUUGGAAAACAUCCACUGAUACACAUGUAUUUGUUCAUAACCGGAUACUUUGUGAAACUGGCAUUCUAAUUUAAGAACUUUUGACGACAUUGUUGUUGGUAACUUACAUUUCAACUUUCCCAAAUCAACCAUCAAAGUUUGGCUCAUUAUCAAGACUUUUGUACAAGACUGAGAAACCAGGUUCCCAUAAAUGUAAGGAAACCUGAUUUCUGGACCACUUUGUCUGUUGUGAGUUAAUGGUUCUUCUACUGAGUCACUAAUUAAAGCAUAAAUCUGUCAGUUUUAAUCAGUUUUUCAGUCUUUUCAGUAGUCCAUCUAAUGCUCACACCAAAGCUGAAUAAAAUCGUGUGCAAAUGAGUUACAUAAAAAGUCAAUUAAGGAUGUUUUGCCAAUCACUCUGACUGAUAAUGGAAGAAAAGUCAGUGUCACAGUAUAAAAUAAAGACGAGGACACAAAAAAUCAUAUUAAAGAAACAAAAACAGAACUUACUAAUGUCAUGUGUGCACAAAAUGUGAAGAAAGUAAUUCACUUACUCAGAUGAUGUAAUGUAGGAGAGGAGGGGCGCCUUCAUGACCUUUCAGUCUGUUCACAUCAAACAUAGUGAAAGUUGACGAGAUUGAUGAGUUGAUGAGAUUCAAACAACUUAAUUAACCGACAUCCUCACUCACUUUCCUCCAGGCAAACUCCCUUUUAUAUCAAAAACAAGUUGUUUCCUCUCACUGAGGUAGAUAUGCACCAUCACGUACUGGUUUGAUGAAUGAACCUCCACAAGUACCAACAAUGACUUAUAAAUUAUUGCAUGUAUAAUUCGUCAAAUUCCCCCGCAUCAAUUCGCACGAUCUGCUCCAUUUGUGUCGCCUGACAAGAACUAAUCGUGCCUUUACAUUCACUUAACAUGUAAUUCACUCAUGCAAAUGAUUUUAAUUGCCUUUGGUGUGAAUGCAACAUAACCCAGUCCAAAAUUAAAUGUCUGAGCUCAGAGGGAAUCCAACAGAAGAAACCCGAACCAGAGGAGAUUACAGGGCCACCAACAGAGACAGAAGGGAAGCUCAGAAACUUAACACACACAAAGAGGAGAAUCAAACACAGGUGAAACUAAUCAAGGCAGGGCAGAGAUCACAGGAGAGAGAAAACACAGUAAUUAAGACGAGAUUUGAUAGAUUUAGAUAAAACUAGAAACACAAGGAGGAGCGAGGAAAAGACAUGAAAUGAGAGCAAAACAGCUGGGAAACAGGAAGUUAAACAAGUCGAAAAACCUUAGAUAAGACCUACAAAAUAAAAGAAAGAAAUAAAAAAUUAACUAGGGCUGGGACUCGAUUGAAAAAAUUUAUCUAAUUAAUCAUAGUCUUUGAAAUUAAUCUCAAGAAAACACAAUUAAUCGCAUUCAUUCAGUGUGCCAGAGAGUUUUUCUAAAAUGGUCUUCGCUCUGAAUCCACUCAUCAACAAAAAUGCCCAUCCACGCCAGUGAGAUACAUUCUGUGGUGCAAAAAUACAGUAGGUGUGAUUAAUAUGUGUUAAUGUUCAAAAUGAGAUAAAAUUACUGCAAUUAUAGGUGGUGUAGGCAGGAUUCCAUUAAAGACGCAUCAUUUUUUUUGUGGUGUAUAAACAAAAAAGCUUUUAAUAUCAGUCAAUAGUUAUUCGUUAUUCGUGACAUUUGGGAAAAUCAUGAUAUCGCUGUGUUUUGUUAUGUCUGUGUAGUCAACAUUUUAAAAUAUCAGAGCGUUCUGCUCUUUCUGCUGUAAACAAAGCCAUUCUCCGCCCCCCCCAAUCUGCUUGGUUGGUUGUUAGGCGGACACUGCUCCCCCGUGUUGUUCACGAGCCCAAACAAAGUUAGCGUGCUACAAUAUCAGAUAGUAGAAACCAACCAGAAAGUUUGGAAAAUUGUCUGAAUCCUCCUUUGGCCACGACUGUCAACACAGCAAAGCAAGAAAACAAAGUAAAAACCGGAGACUCUGGAGGAAGAACGGGUGCUAAAAACAGAGGCAGACUGGACAAGAGCUAAAAAGCCGGGUCAACAAUGAUAGGGGAUGCUUUGGGAUCUUACGGACCCUGUAACCUUUCUGCCAAGUGUCUGUAACAGAAGUGUUUCUUGUCAAACGGACCUGCUGUAGCGUGUUGUAGCGCCAUCGCUAAACUGUUGACCUCGGGUCCUGGACUAUGUCACUUUAUCCUAGUUGUAGAAGUCCUGCAAACAUUGUGUUUGCUGGUAGUCUGUUGGCAUCUACAGUAGCACCAAUGCUUUUUACUUUCACCUUGACUGGGCCCCAUUUGUAAUUAUCUGAAGUAUUUAUCUGCAUCAUAUCUGAAUUUAAUUGGAACGAUACGAGCGAGCAGGAGCGUCUGUUUGUGGGCGGGGCUUGUUGGAGCAGAGAGGAGGAGCUGAGGGGAAAACUGGUUGGGAGGGGUAGAGUUUACAUUCAAGAUUUCUCCUAAAAACUGGAACUACCUCAGAUCCUGACUACCCCACCUUUAAUUAAUCACAAUUUAUGCGUUAAAGUCCCGCCUUAAAAUUAACAAAUUUUGAAAAUACAAAGUAGGCUCUGUAAGCAGAAAGAUAAAGCUGUAAACCUGCAGGUUAGCUUGAUGGAUCCGUAUCGCCACUGUUAGCUAGGAGGCUACCUCAUCUCCACCUUUUUGUCUGUUUCCCUGAAGUCACAAUAAAUUAGCAUGUCUUUGUUGUCCUUUCAGAAACCAGUGGAUGAGGUCACAGAGACUAUUUUAUAUAGUCUGUAGUCAACAGCGAGCUCUGCUGCCCCCAAGUGGCCAAAAAAAAGUGACCUUACACUAAUUUAAAGUCCACACAGCAAGCCUGCAGCUCCCCACUCAGCUGCAGAUGACAGAGUAUGCUGCAAUAAAUGUCUGUUUACUUAAAGCAGUGUUAUUUUCUAAUUCUGAUGGGGUCUUAAAUCGUUUAGCUCCAGUCUGAGCUUUUAAAUAGUGUCACAUUGACAUAAUCAACAGUUACUCUGUGAUAACCCAGCCUGACUUUUCUAUCUCAGACCCAAUCAGAGCAUCCCAUUAAUUUUUUUUUCAGAACCUCAAUUUCCUUCCCGCGUUCGUGAGACAUCUUUAUGGGAACCAAAUCGACUAUUCAUUAACGGGGGGGAGGCAGUAUCAAGAGCAAACAUCUUUAAUUAACACAUCCCCAACACUUCCUGUCUUUGAUCUCCUCAUUUGAUUUAUGCCUCUGCGAGAAAAAAAGGCGUCGGCAUGGUGGAGGGGGUACAUGAGGAGUUCGGAGGGGGACGAGGACGUCUGUGAGAAAACACAAAAACGUGGAGCCCCUGUUGAUCAGGAAGGACCGCAGCAUUAGGACCUUUUCUCUGUGUGUCAUGGGGCAAGCUCAAUUACCAGCGAGUGAGGCUAUCUUUUUAAUAGCCUGAUAAGCAAUAAUCCUAAAUCCACCGUUUUAAUGACUUUCUGUCUAAUUAAAGCCCAUUUCAUAAAAGACGGGCACAUCAGAGGCUUUACUAUAUUGUUUAAGAACCUAUUGUUGGAAAAUAUCAGCGUGACUAGUUAGAAACAAGAAAAUGGCCUUUCUAGAGUAUUAAUAAAUAUAUUUUACAGAGAGAUUUACCCUCCAAAAAAAUCAUCAAGUGGUCAAAUCUGUUCAAUGUUAAACAGGUCAGAGGAAGCAGAGGAGAGAAAUCCUCCUCAGCUCAGUUCUCACACUGGAUUUAGGGGUUUUGUUUUAGUUAAGAACACAGUUUUGACUCAGUCUUUAAAUGUGCCUUUCAAACACCAAAUUCUGUAUUUAAAAUGGAUUAAUAUUUGGGGUUUGCAAAGAAAAUCACGAGGUAGCAUGUAAUUUACACAUGUCCUGUAAAACACAGAUGAAAUGCUGUCUUAAAGUGUGUGUCCCCGCUUGGCACAGUCACAGUGACUUUUGGUCUUUAGCACCAUCUAGUGUUGAGCCGCUGUAUCCUGAGGGAAAUAAGGUCAAAAUGUAAGCUCCCUGUUUUUUGACUGGGGUCAUGGAUAAAAAACUGCUUUGAUGGGAUAAAAAUGCCUGAAAGGUUCAGCUGCAGUUUAACAGUUAAACAGAUUUGAUUCACCUGAAUGUUUUUAUGCCACAGCAGUUUUCUUUAUUCACUAGUUAAUUGAGUAAAAUGUAACUUUUAAACUCUGAAAAACAGGAGAAUCGACAUGAUUGAAAUAGACAUUAAAAACAAUUAGAUUAGGAGGAAAAGAAGAGUAAAUCUAAACAAACUGCUUUUGUAAGACGUCCAUCAAGAUCAUGGUUCUUAAUCUCGUCUGCAAGACACCAGAAAACUCAGAGGAUCAAAAUCAGAGGACUGCAGAGUUUUACUGCGUGGCUCUAGCAGCCCUUGAGUGUGAGCUGGUGCUUGACAAUGCACAGCUGUAAAUGCAAACACGAGGACUAUAAACUGGAUUCUGGAUUUACGAAGAUGAGGAUGAGGAUUGGUGUGACACGAGGCCUUCUGGAUGACUCUGAACUUGUAGGCAGUUCAGAGAAGUGUAGCUGAGAGAAGUCAAAAGCAAAGAUUUAUAAUAAUCUGAGUAUAAGCGACUAUCUGACACACCAAUCCUGAGCUUAGCUUUAUUCUGGGAAAGAUUAUUUCUUUUACAGUUAUAAUUAUAUGGACAAUAACAGGUUUUUGGGUUGUGUAAUUAUAAAAUUAGAUUUUUUUAAUUCCAUUAUUUUCAUGGAUACGUUCAUAUGCUCAGCCCACGUGGGUUUACAUGACACCCUGACUUUAAACAGUCCUGGAUCGGAGUAAACAGCAGGACUGUUUACGGUCAGAUAACAUCAAAUAUGACUUUAAAGCUCGUGUGAGGAAUUUUUUUACAUUUAUGGAAUAGGCUGAAAUUCAUAUUUAAGUCAGUUUAUGUCAAAUAAAAGCAAACAAGAUCAUCGGAAACAAGAUGAAGGAUUUUAUACUGUAGUUUUUAGUGCUUGAAAACAGCGCAAGGUCUUUCCAAAUCUCAGUUUUGUUUUUUCUUAAAGAUUUUUGAAUCAAUCGGAGGAAGAACAUCAGAUCUUAAUUGUGCCACUAAGGAUCUUUAGCUUCUAGAUAGAAAAUAACAUAACAUAUACCUCAGGGGUAAAAAAAAUGUUUGAUUUGCACACAGAUCUGGCUAAAAAGGAGCUUUUUGAAAUGUUUUUUCUUCAGGUUUCAGAAAAAAAACUGAUCUUUGAAUUGAUCAGCGGUACAGCACAGAUUGUUCCUGUAGAUGUGCAGAAUAUUUACCUCCUCAAGAGCUUUUUGGCCAUGGACAGAUACUGAAUGUGUUUUGCUCCACUUCAAUACUUUCCCUGACAUUUUAAAUUGUCAAUUUCACAAUCAGAUCAUUUCACACUCUCUAUAAGUCCCUGAAUUUGUUGGGAUUGUUUGAAGCAAGUCUAUGAAACCCCAGAUAACACUGUAACACCAGGAUUUAUUUUUUAGAGUCUUUGUGGAUUUUUAAAUCUUGUCAAUCAUCAUGGUUUCAUUUAGCAUUCUCUUUGCGUUGAAAUUCAACCUCUAUACUUCUAGUUUUGUGAGAAAAUACAUGGGUGUCUAACACAAUCCUUGAACAGUUAAGAUUAAAGGUUAUGUUUUUGGGUUUCUCUCUUGAGAGUAACAUCAAAAAUCAUUUAAAACUUGCAGAAAAUACAUCCAGGAACCAACUUUGUAACUAGGACAACCAGACUCCCUAAAAUUUUUUUAUUUUUUAAGAUUUUCUUCUGAUUAAAUGUUCUCCUCAGGACCAAAAGUCAACACAGUGUUUCUUCUAUUCCACAGGCCGAGUGUCUAACUAAGGUACGGUUCCCAAAUAGACGCCGUUGACCCAAUCAAACCAGAUAAAUACACAAAAACCCCUCUAAGUCCUUUGAAUCACGGUGACUCAUGCCAUCCACUGAUAAAGCUGUCAGUCAACAGUACAUGUUAUUCUUCACGACUGGUCAAAACAGGAGGUGUGUGCAGGCUGACUGAUAACGCCGUGUGAGACACAGCACAGGUGCGUACUUGGCUUCACUGCAGGGAAAGAAAAGUCACACUUGUUCCAUCCCAGUAAAGAGGUCGAGUUCGGGUAUAAAAGACGGAGGAGCGCUUUGGUUUCUUUGUGAAAACGUCCUGACACCGUGCAGACAUGCUCAGGUUUCUGUUGUUGACAAGUCUCGCAGCCUUGGGUAAGAAAAUGACCAAAACAACAACCACACAUCAUUGAUCUAUUGCUGUUUUUUUCCACUCUCCUCCUGCUGUCACUCAUUUUUAGUUUAGUCCUCACACUAGAGUUCAAGGCUGAUACUCCUCUCUGCCAGUUCACUUUCACACUUGGCUGCCCUCUUUUCUUAUUUCUUUUUAAUGUAGGUGGAAAGUUUAUCACAUUAUGAGGCUUCUAGGGGAGAAAAAAAAUAAUAAAUGAAGCCUCCUGUUUUCUCGUUUUUAAACCAGUGCUGGCUGAGCUGGAGCCCCAGCCCAGGUACCUGGAGGACAGCACUGAGAGGGUUGUCGGAGGUGAGGUUGCCAAACCCAACUCUUGGCCCUGGCAGGUAAUUUAAAAUCAGAAGAUAUGUGCCAACAUUUAAGUAAUCCUCCAAAUUAAGAAAAUCAGAUAAGUCACACUAAACUCUCUGUUUUUCCUCUGCUUAGAUCUCUCUUCAGUACAGAUCUGGCAGCAGGUACUACCACACAUGCGGAGGAAGUCUGAUCCAGAGAGGCUGGGUUAUGACAGCUGCUCACUGUGUGGACAGGUAACAUUAUUAAGCACAGACUCUGAAUUUUUUACCUUUUCGAACUUUGAAUGCAUAUUUUCAAUAUCAGUUGCUAACUCAAGUCUAGAUAUUGAGGUAUUGUGUUUUUCUAAAUGUCAGCGGCAUGAGGAAACUUCCCACAGUCCCUCAUACAUAACAGUCACACACCAAACACGUUAAUUUAUAGGAUGAGAGUGGAGAAAAGUCUCAAGAUAAAUAUGCGACAGUAUGGGUGUAUUGGGGUUUUAACUUGUAACAUCAGACUGAUCAAUAAUUUCUGUGACCUUUAUAUCUGAUCAUUACUCCCCUUGGCAAAAAGUAGUGCACUUAAAGCAUUUUAAGUGUACUACUUAAAAUGCUUUAAGUGCACUUAUUUUAUCAAGUAUGCUCGAUUAUUAGUAUAAGUAUAUCAAGUAUAAUACCGACUAUGUAAUUUUAGUGUGCUACAAAGUAUACUAAUUUGAUACUCCUUCAAACUAAAUAGGAACAUUUUGAGUUUAUAAAAGUACACUUGAAGCAUACUUGAAAGUAAACUUCUUGGUCUAUUAUUAGUUUACGAGUAGUAAUAAACGUCUAGUCCCCUUUUUAGUUUAUAAAAGUACACUCUAAAAAACAUACUUUUAUUAGUUAAGUAAUUAAUUAAUUAAUUUUAUUUAUUUAUUUAUGGGGGGGGGGGGGGUGCAGCAUAUGGUCAGGACAGAAAUUGAACCCAUGACCAUGUUGGGGACCACAUUCUCCAACAAGGGGUGAAUUUUAAUCCACUUGGCUAUCUGCCUUUUGGUAUGCUUUUGUUUCAAUAGUAGUACAUGUUUGUAUACUUGGCUUGUAUUCACUGACCAAGUGUCCUUAAACCUAAGGCACAAAUACAUACUUAAGUGUCUCCUGAACUGAAGUUUAUGUCUAAGUUUAAGUUAAAUAUAUUUAGACUUUUAGUUUAAUUCUUAGUACAAGCCAAGUAUUCUUAACAUUAACAUUAACCACAAAAAGUAAACUUAAAGCAUACUUAGUUUAAAACCAGUAUACUUGAAGUUUUCUUCAACAUACUUCUUUUUGGUAAGGGUCAUGACUAACAUUGCAGUUCUUUGCGUCUUCACUUUAACGAAACAGUAACAGGGAUUACCGCGUCGUCAUCGGGGAGCAUGACCUCAACAGCAACAGUGGCAGGGAGCAGGUCAUCUCCGUCAACCAGAUUUACAUCCAUGACGGAUGGGACUCCAACAGAGUGUCUAAGGGGUGAGGACUGUGUUUGUUUAAUCUUCAAGUUUGAUGUUGCUGAUUUCACGAACUAUCUGUUAUAACUGAGAAUCAAAUCUGUGAGAAGAGCAGCACAGUCUGUGAGGGGGAUUUGUGGAACAGUUUGGAUCAUAUUUCAAUCUAAUAUGGAAAUAAUCUUUUGUGGGAUCUGAUCAAACUGCUACUAAAGCUGCAUCCAAGCUUUUCUCUUCAUGGGCCUCUAUUGUUUACAGGCUCACUUCAACUAAACAUGUCUGUAAGCUCCGCCCCUUUCUUUUCAAAUGACUCUGAAAUGAUCCAUGCAGUUCUCUGAUCAGCCUGAAGCUUUGCAUGAUAGAUGUCUAAUAUCAGACAAUGGCAUCUGGCCAACCCAUCUGCUUCGCAAGGUUACACCUGACAGGGAAGAUUGUGACAGAUUGGGGUUUUAUUAUGUCUUUGCUAUCGGCACAACAAGCUGUAACUUUCAUUUAAAUGUAUGCGAGGAAUAGUUACCGAGAAGUAAGUAAGGGUAGGAACAAAUAAAUGAUUACAACAUCCAAAUAUUGUUCCCAUUUGAGUGUUUGUGUUGAUUGAUUGCUUUUGAUCCUCAGAUACGACAUCGCCCUGCUGCGUCUGAGCUCUGACGCCACCCUGAACUCCUACGCCCAGCUCGCCUCUCUGCCUCCCUCUGGCCAGAUUCUGCCCCACAACAACCUCUGUUACGUCACCGGAUGGGGACGCACUUCCAGUGAGUUGGCCCCUCAGUCGGUUUAUAUGUUGUGGUUGAGUCUUUUUUAUCUCAUGAGUCAUAUUUCUGCAUAUUUCAGCUGGUGGCAGCCUGUCCGCUCAGCUGAAGCAGGCUUACCUGCCUCUGGUCGGACACGAUACCUGCUCCAGCAGCGGCUGGUGGGGCAGCACUGUGAAGACAAGCAUGGUGUGUGGUGGAGGUGGUGCCGAGGCUGGAUGCAAUGUGAGUCUUUUUGGAACUGAGGCUUGAGUUACCUUUUCUCCUCUGUAUUUGAAUUUCAACUCCUGUUGUACAUUUUCUUUAAAUUCCUGUUUCAUCCUCACAGGGUGACUCUGGUGGUCCUCUGAACUGCCUUGUCAACGGAAAAUACUACGUCCAUGGCAUUGCCAGCUUUGUGUCUGGUUAUGGAUGCAACUAUCCCAAGAAGCCCACCGUCUUCACCCGCGUCUCUGCCUACAUCGACUGGAUGGAUGCUGUAGGCAUAUACUUCUAAUAUAAGUGAUAGAUAAACCUCAGAAUAAUGACGGAAUUGCUUGUAAACUAAAAGGGAAAGGACCCAACAUGUAGAACAAAAAAGGAUUCAUUUAAAAGGAACGAAAAGAAAAGCAACAAAAACUUACUUUGCAAAAAACACAAGAAGCAAAAUCCAAAGAAACAAAAAUUACUGGGGUUAAAAUCACAGGGAGCAACAGAGGACACAAGAAUACGCAUCGAAAUACACACAGUGAACCAACAAGGAAACAGAGGAAGACAGGGACUAUAUAUACACACACAGGGAAACGAGGAACAGGUGAGACACAGGUGCAGACAAUUAGGCUACUAAGGGUUGCAUGUAGCUGCAGCCUGCUACUAUGUAGGUGUUUGCUACUUGGUUCAAAUUCAGCACAUGAUUGGUUCAGUGCAAAACAAACCUGGUGCAACUCCCCUUUUCAUUGGCUAUUCGUAUAGUCUACCAAACAUGGCAGAAUGCCCACUAUCGAAAAGCAUAUUAACCGUGUUUUAUAUUGAUAUCGAGGGAAAUUAAUUUUCAAUAUAGAUAUUGUUAUCGUUUCAUCGCCCAGCCCUAUGUAUAUGUUUAUAUAUAAUAUUGAGGUAAAAUUCAACAUAGCAGCAGUGGUAAUAUAUUGAAAACUCACAACAAUUGACUACAGGGGAACAGAAACACUCGAGACAAUACACAGAAAAGUACUCAAACAGCAGGAGGAGAAAACUAAAUUAACAAAACAUACCAUGACAGCAUUUUUAUUGCUUUUUUGGAAAUGAAUGGAAACUUGUAUGUGAAGUAUAACCAGGACUUGUUUCUUCUUUUUCCAGAUCUUGAACUAAACAAAGAGUCCUCCGAUGUGCAGCACAAAGAAACAGAGACCGAAUCCUCCGUGUUUUUAUCCGCUGUACUCUCUUUUGUUUGGUCUCAUCCUUAAAAAAUAAACUUGAUUAAACUUUGAGUGAUGACUCAUUCCUUAUCAGAAA